AUGUCUCGUGGUGGUACAACACUCUAUGUCACCGGCUUCGGAGCUGGAAUCCGUGCUCGCGAUCUUGCCUACGAAUUCGAACGCUAUGGCCGUUUGGUCCGCUGUGAUAUCCCAGCUCCUCGAACCGCCGCAUCUCGUCUGUUUGCUUUCGUUGAGUAUGAGUCCCGUCGCGAUGCAGAUGAUGCCUACCAUGAAAUGCACAACAAGCGAAUUGGUCGGGAUGAUUUGUUGAAGAUUGAAUGGGCCCGCACACCUCCCUCGGCUUCUUGGCGAUUCGAUACUGGUGAGGACCGUCCAGCCCGUCGUGAUGGAGGUAGAGAUAGCGGGAGAGAACGUGGUGGAGGUAGCCGCCGUUCUCCUCGACGUCGUUCAAACUCUCCCCGACGUGGCCGUGGCGACUACACUCCCCGUAAGGAUGACCGAGAUCGCCGGGACCGGGACUACGACAGACGAGACCGUGACCGAGCCGAUCGCUCACGCAGCCCAGAUGAUCGGGACCGUGAGAUCAAGGAAGAACGUGAUGAUACCCGUGAACCCGGAGCCAAUGGAGAUGACAGGAAAGUUACCAUGGAUUCUCCUCCACCAGCGCAUGAUGAACUGGACACCGCCGAGUAA